UGUGAUCCUUAUCGAUCUACCACCGUUUUUAGACAGUUGGAAUGCUCUUGAUGGUACGUGGACCAGAAGAUUCCUGCGCGAAGUGAUAGAGAUAGACCGAGAUUUAUACAAUGACAUAAAAAAUAAGGUAAUUUCGUUUCAAUUCAAUUAUGGAAAGGGAACUCCUGAUCAGCUACCUCCUGAUUCAGGGAAGCAUCAGCUACUUCCUGGUCCUCACCUUCGCGAUUCCACUUGCUCUCUUUCUGUGGAUUCAGAGCAUGCCGACUUAACUAUAUGUCAUUUUUGGGAAGAGAUGAUAUCAAAAAGGAAUCGA